GUUUUGCGUUGGUUGCGUAAACAACGUUCACAGCGUAACAUUGUGCGGAAACGAGCUCAACCUCCGAGCAGAAACAGGACGUAUUUAGUGCUUUUUAUAGACUAUCUCCAUGAACAACCUGAAUGAUCCUCCUGGAUGGAAUAUAAGGCCAGUGCCACAUGAGGGUCCUGAUGGGGGAAAAUGGAACUACGCUCUCUUAGUGCCGAUGCUUGGUCUUGCAGCCUUUCGUUGGAUUUGGACACGUGAAUCACAGAGGCAAAUCCAAGAAGCGAAAAGCCAGUUUGAGGGGGAUGUGGCUGCCAUUGCAAAAGACAUGGAGCUCAAAUAUAAAGAUACGCUGACGGAGAACCGUCGCACAACGGCUCUCCUGGAGCUGGAUCUAGAGAAAGCACGUCAGCGUGUGGAGGGCUACAAGAAGGCCCUGGCCUCACAGAGCCAGCAUCUCAUGGAAGAGCGCAAGCAGCUGCAGAAGGAUCGUGAGGAGCUUGAGGAGGAAAAGAAGUGUGCCCUGCGGACUGGAUCAGCUGGACUGGUGCUUCAUGCGGCUCUGCAACAGCAGGAGGAAUGGCAGCAGAGAGCCCACGUUUUACUUCAGGACCUGGAGAACCAGCUGGUGGAGAGGCAGAAUGCCUUUUGCAGCCUACUGCUGCCCAGGGAACGCAGGAAGGAGAUGGAGAAUGAGCUGCUGCUUAGGGUGGCCAAGGACCCGGCAGGGGCAGAAUUGGGCUUGGAGGAUGACAUCAGGGACAUUUUUAAACAUGAUAGGCACUGCGCAGACAUCCUGAAUAUGGACAGGAGGAAAAAUGGGAAGCUGAUGUGGCUGUAUCUUAAAUACUGGAGGCUGCAGGUUACACUGCAGAAACACAAGAGAGCAGAAGCCAGGUUGACAUCAUCGCUGCCUGACAUCAAGAGAGCUUAGGAGGAAAUUCAGAAAGACAUUGUUCUUAUUUUCAAACCUAUCCCAGUAAUAUGUGACAGUUCUCAUGGUUUGCACUAAUGCGUAUCUGUAUACAGGUUGACAAAUUAAAGAAGAAAAAAAAACGCACAGCGCUCUUCUUCACCUCGACCACCACCAACAUCAAAAUGCCAUCUGAGAAAAACCUUUUGCAAGAACAGCCUUCUUCAUUUUACAGAGAUUUGACACAGUACAUUACAUGGUGAUUUGGUGGCUCAUCACGACCCAACACCUUACUAAACACUCUCCUCUAAUUUUUCAUCCAUCUGUAUGUUUAUUUAACUUUGUCUAGUCAAGCAUAUUUAGGAUUAAUUUUAUAAAUAAUGCUGCUUCGGUGAUUGUAUAAAGUCUUUUCUGUUACUCAGCAUGAAAUUAUAGCUGGUUCACCUGGACUAUUUUAUUCUUACAGAUGUCAUGAAAUCAUCCCUGUAAUGAUCAAUGAAAAUUAAAAAUAAAAAAAUUCCAAAA